GAUGUCAUUCUUGGUGGGCGGAACUACCUCUUUGUAACUUCCACCAAUAGCAUACUUGCUUGGCAAAAUAUGAAAAUGGCGGCUCUCUGUAGUGAGUUUGGGGACCUGGUACAGAUCAAGAAACAGCUAAUAUCGGUGAUAUCGCUUUGUAAAGAAAGAGGACUUUUACACAGCGCGAAGUGGGCUUCUGAAUUGGCAUUUGCUUUGAACCCUCUUCCCAAGAAUGAACUACCCCCGUCAUCUCCUUUUACUGAGGAAGAUGCACAAGACCUGGAUGCACUUACACUGGCCAAAUCCUACUUUGACCUGAAAGAGUAUGACCGUGCUGCUUACUUUCUGAAAGGCUGCUGCAGUCAGAAGGCUUAUUUCCUCUAUAUGUAUUCUCGCUAUCUGUCAGGUGAGAAAAAGAAGGACGAUGAGACCGUGGACAGCCUGGGUCCCCUGGAGAAGGGGCAGGUGCGCAAUGAAGCCUUGCGAGAACUUAGGGUUGAGCUCAGUAAGAAGCACACUGCAGGAGAGUUGGACGGGUUCACCCUGUACCUAUAUGGGGUGGUGCUACGAAAGCUGGACCUGCUGAAGGAGGCAGUGGAGGUUUUUGUUGAAGCAAUACACACGCUUCCUCUUCACUGGGGAGCCUGGCUGGAGCUUAGUAACCUCGUCACCAACAUUGAAAUGCUGAAGUCACUGUCUCUGCCAGACUGCUGGAUUAAAGACUUCUUCAUGGCCCACAUGUACACAGAGCUGCAGAUGAUCAAAGAAGCGUUGCAGAAAUACCAGAACCUCAUUGAGGCCGGCUUUUCUAAGAGCACGUACAUCAUCUCACAGAUUGCUGUCGCCUACCACAACAUCAGAGAUAUUGACCAAGCUUUGACUCUCUUCAACGAGUUGAGGGAGCAGGAUCCGUAUCGCAUUGACAACAUGGACACAUUCUCCAACCUUCUCUAUGUCAAAAGCAUGAAGCCAGAGUUGAGCUACCUGGCCCACAACCUGGUGGAGAUUGACAAGUAUAGAGUGGAGACUUGCUGUGUUAUCGGUAAUUAUUAUAGCUUACGCUCUCAGCAUGAGAAGGCAGCUUUGUACUUCCAGCGGGCCCUCAAACUUAACCCUCGAUGCCUCGGUGCCUGGACCCUCAUGGGCCACGAAUACAUGGAAAUGAAGAACACUUCGGCUGCCAUCCAGGCCUACAGGCAUGCCAUUGAAGUGAACAAGCGGGACUACCGUGCCUGGUAUGGCCUGGGUCAGACGUAUGAGAUCCUCAAGAUGCCCUUUUACUGUUUGUACUAUUAUCGAAAGGCUCACCAGCUCAGGCCCAAUGACUCACGCAUGUUGGUCGCACUGGGUGAAAGCUACGAAAAACUGUCACAACAACUUGAAGCCAAGAAGUGUUACUGGAGGGCAUACUCUGUUGGAGAUGUAGAGAAAAUGGCUCUACUCAAGUUGGCAAAGCUCCAUGAACAGCUGAAUGAGUCUGAUGACGCUGCCCAGUGUUACAUGCUUUACAUCCAAGACAUUUUCUCUUGUGGCGAACAGCUGGAGCAUGCGGAGGUGAGCACAGCCCUGCGGUACCUGGGUCAGUACUAUUUCAAGAACAAGCUCUAUGAUGAGGCAUCCCUCUGCGCACAGCGCUGUUGUGACUACAAUGAUGCUCGUGAAGAGGGGAAGGCACUGUUAAGGCAGAUUUCACAGGUCAGAGAUCAGAUUGAGACACCAUCAGCUGAUCUGUUUGCGCCACUCUCAAACAACACUCCCGUCAGGAGGGUGUCUCCACUGAACCUCAUCUCCUUUACACCCUGACACUCAGGCUUUAAAAUGGACAAUUGGUGUAUCCAACUGCUUGGUGGUUUGCCAAAAAGACAGUGUUGGAAGGAUUUAUUUGUUGACGCAUAGCUUUCUUAAUGACAUUAAAGUAACAUGUUUGUAAA